GGAGCACUGGGUGGGUCCAGUACUGCACGCUUGACCAGACCAGGAAUGGCCAGGUAAUUACUGAAGAACUGUUUUCCAUUCAAGAAUUGUUGUACAUGUCUUCUCCUUUUAUUUUUGUCUCUCUCUCUCUGUUCUUCUUUUUGGGGCAACGCUUGCCUGUUACAAAAACGCAAAACCGUUGCCCUUCUAUACCCUACAUGAAUACUUUUUGUCGAAUUCUUGGAAAAAAGAACACAUGCCCAUGCAUUUUUCAGUUUCACCAUACAAUAGCAAUGGCUGAAUGCAGCGACGUUUCGGCUGUGAAAGUUUUCAAUUAUAUUUGUGGAAGUGGUGGAGUUGCCGAGCUAUCACAUUUGCUGAGGCAUCCUUCUCCUUUGGCAAAGAAAACUACAGCAUAUGAGGUGAUUUUAUGGUUUGAAAUUCAGAAAAAGUCGGACCCCGAGAACGGGUUGGUUUUAAUCAAAAACCAACACGGCAAGGUCAUUGGCAUUCGAAUCGAUUUGAAGAAACAGCUGUGUCUAAAAUAUACGACCACAGAAUCGUGUAGGUCGGGGAAGAGAUGUAAAUUCUGGCAUCUUUGUAAGGAGUUCAUCGAAGGGACCUGCAAAGGCACUGAUUGUCGGCGUUCACAUGACUUCCACGACGAAGACAACAAAGAGAGGACAGUGGAACUCGGUUUUGGGAGCAAACCGAGCGGAUCUUUGAAAGGUAUUGUCGCUGGAAGCUUCAUGCAAGUUUGUCUAAUGUAUUUGCAAAAUGAAUGCAUCCCUGACAAUUGUCCCUAUCUUCAUAUUUGUCCUAAUGUAAUCCGAGCAACUCCCUGUGAAUGUGCCUUAUCACACAAUUUCGCCGAUCCCCAUAACAGGUGCAUUCUUGAACAAUAUGGAUUUAGGCCUCCCCGAACAUCCGAAGUAGAUGUUGUGAGAUGUAACAGUUUGGUCCUGGCUAAAAACCAGAAACCCUUUGAAGCUAGCAAGAUGAAUUUGCAUUCUAAGGUGUCUAAGGGUGAACCAGGGAGGCAGACUGGCUUACUUCAAGACAUUGGCAAAACAGGAGUAAGGGCAAUGACUUCGCUUAUGUCUCACCAUGAUACAGCAAUUCCAAACGCCAAUCCCUUGCCUGACAGAGUUUUCAAUUUCAUAUGUGACAAAGGAGGGGUUGCUUCCUUGUCAGAUCUGUUGCAACAUCCCUCACCAUUGGCAAGGAAGUUUGCUAAACCUGGGCAAGAACUUGAUGCAAAGAUAUGGCUUCAAGUAGAGGCACAGCCAGAACAGGGUCAAAGGGUGUCAAGGAUCAUUUUACUAGAGAGCCAGGAUGGUGAAAUUAUUGGUGCACGAGUGAAUUCCAGGAAGAAGAUUUGUUUGAAUUACUCUAAAGGCAGUUGUAAGUCUAAUAAUUCUUGCCCAUUUUGGCAUGUUUGCAAGAGCUACCUUGAGGGCAAUUGUCAGGAUAAUUGUGGUCUCUCGCAUGACCUUCAUGAUGAUGGCAAUGUAAAGAAGGUAAAGAAGCUGGAAAUAGAAAAGCUCCCAAAUGGAACUCUGAGGAGUGUUGUUGCCAACAGUCUGCCUCAGGUUUGCCAAAUGUACCUGAAAAAUAACUGCCAGUCCAGCUGUUGUCCAUAUCUGCAUAUCUGUUCUGUUGCCGUCCAAGGACAUCCAUGCAGUUGUGGUUUGUCACAUGACCUAACAGAUGACCAUAACACAGGAAUUCUUAGGCAGUAUGAUUUGGCACCAGAGAAAACCAAGUUCAACAUCAUGCAGUGUAACAUCUUGAUCCCUCAAGGUAAGCAGCAGAGAAUCUUUGAAGACAAAGCCACCUCAGCCUCAUCACAAGUCAGUCUGAACAUGAUGGGUUCACCAGUGCCCCUGAUGUCCUUGCCAACAUUCCAGCAACAUGAGAAUGUUCUGGGUCCACAGUCACAAGGGUCAAGUAAUAGCACCGAAAAGAAGAAGAGACGAAGACCACGGUCCAGAAAGAAGAAGACCAAUCAAAAGAAUGAAGCUGCUGGAGAAUCACAGCAUACAAAUGCAGAUGACAUGGAAGAAAAAAGUUCAGACUCAGUUUCAGAUAAUGAAGAUGUACAAGACAAACCUGAUCUUUAUUCCAGUUCUAAGUUUGCUGUGGAUACAAACAAACCCAGUCCAAUUUCAUGGCAAAAGGACUUGAUGGAGAAUGAGAUUGAUGCCACAACAUCCAUGAAACCAGGCAAGAAACAGAGAGCACAGUCCAACAAAGGAUUGAUAGCAUUUCAAAAUGAGCCAGUUUCAGAAAUGAAUGUAGCUGCUGAAGUAAAUUUGAUUGAUCUUUCUGAUGAUGAGGCACUUGAUGAUUGGGAAGGUGUAGAUGCUUCAAUAGAUGAUCUAUGGACCGAGCCACCAUUACUUUCCCAAGUUGAUGAGUUUUUCUUUAACAGCUCAUUUUCAUCAAAUGUUGCCGGAUCACUGUCUCAGAGCAGUACGUUUUCCAACCCAGCUGACCAGAUAAGCCCAGAAAGCAAUUCAGACAAAUCAGCCAUACAUGUACAGUCAAUUUUCCAGUACAUCUGUAACGAACACAAUGGUCAAGUUCCUUAUGCUUUAAUAUCACAGCAUCCAGACUUGUUUCCAUCUGAAGUGAUUGAUAUCGCUGCAUGGUUUAGGGAGAACGACAACAGGUUCAUAACCAUUGAGAAUAGCACUGGAGAAAUUGAAGCCAUUAGAACACACAGCACCAAAGCACGCAUUUGUUUCCGAUACUUGAUGGCCAAACAAGGUUGCAAAGAUCCAAAAUGCUUCCGUUACCACGUCUGUAAGCAUUAUCUGGCCAAUGGAAUUUGUCCAUUAGGGAAGAAAUGUCGAUUUAGUCACAGCCAUAGUUUGAAGAGUGCCCACAAUACCCGUAUUACUAAACAGCUGAGGUUUAAGAGCUUCUCAGAGGAGCAGCUACGUGUUCUGGUCUCUGCAUCAGUCCCAGAAGUGUGCCUUGAUUACAACAGGCCAUCCAAAGGCUGUAAGAGAGGGUUGAGAUGCAUUGGCAUUCACAUCUGCAAGUAUUUUGUAAUGGGAAAUUGCAAAAAAGGAGAUGAUUGUCCAUUUAGCCAUCAAAACAGUCUUGAGACACCACACAGUAAGCUGGUCCUAGGAAGAUAUAAUUUGACCAAGGUUCCACCCCGUGCAGUGCUCAAUGCUCUGCUGAUACGUCAGCGGCAACCAUCUGAGAAAAUGAGGGAGCAACCUAAAACUGAAACAGCCACACAAAGGAGAGAUGUUCCACGGUACAUCUGUCUGGAUUUCAUACUGGGUCAUUGUAGUAAGGAGCAAUUGUGUGACCAGUAUCACUACAACACACCAUACAUGUGGCAGUAUAACGACCCCAGCAGUGAUCACCAAGGAGACACUUGGAAGGGGUUUACACAAAGUGAAAAUGAGGCUAUUGAGCAGCAGUUCUGUGAUGUCAAUGUGUUAGAUGCAGAGAUGGAACAUAUCAUGAUUCCAACUCCUCCUUCAGUGCUUAUUGAUCCUGGAGAAGGACAGAUAAAAGUUAACUUUGAUGACAUGAAAGCUGAGACAGGGUUUGGACAUGUGCAGUUGAGACGUCUGUCCACUAAACCAGCAGUCUUACCUACAGAUCAUGCUCUGUCGACCCAGUGGGUUUGGUGCUGGUUGGAUGAGAAGAGCAACAUUUGGAGAGAGUAUGGCUCUGAACUAAUGCACAAAAUCGAAUUGAAGUUUUCCAGAGGAGCCCCAUCCUGUCAAUUUAAAGAAAGGGAUGAAGAUUUUAAGCUGUUUUUUUGCAAGGUACCCAUGUACCAGCAGAGCAUUAAGCCACCAGUGACCAUAAAAAGAGUAAGGAGAAGGCCUGUGUUUCGAUCAUUAUCAGAGAUACAGAGACUACAGAGACCCCUUGAAUUGCCAAUUCCUUUGGAACCUGAAUCGCCACGAUCUCUCGUAGCUUCGGCGCCAGGCCGCGUUCCCUAUCAGUGGACGAGUGUCCCUGAAACUGAGGAGUUCAUACGCGUUCCUCUUCCCACAAGCUCAGAUCAAUUCAAACUGGCCGAGAGCCUAUUUCGCCAGUCAAUGUCAGAAAACAAGGCAGUUAUUACCUCCAUUGAGCGGGUUCAAAACCCUUUUAUGUGGGAAAAGUAUGCAAGAAAGAAAGAACAAAUGGAGAAGAAGGCGCGUAUCAAAGGCAACCCGGUAAAUGAAAAGUUAUUAUUCUACGGAACCGACUUCAAUAAUGUCGACAAUAUCUGCGCGGAGAACAUCGACUGGCGUGCUCUUGACGAAGAUCGUGCGGCUCAGUUUGGACAAGGCGCUUACUUCACGGAGGAGGCAGCUUUGAGCAAUCUUUACUGCAAGCAGGAUUCUGAGUGUUUCCGUUACGUGUUUCUGGCUGAGGUGCUGGUGGGAUCGUUUGUCAGAGGUGAGUCAUCUAUGAAACGGCCUCCUGUCAAGGAUGAAUCCGCACCCAAGAAGGAGCUGUAUGAUUCAUGCGUGGAUAAUGUUGAGAAGCCCACCAUUUUUGUGCUGUUCGACGCAGAUCAAUAUUAUCCUACCUUUUUGAUUAAAUACAAAACCAAAUCGAAAGUGGUAUGUUAGAUGAGAUCAGAUGAGUUACGGUAAUUACGCUAAAGCUCGCCUUUUGUUGCACUCAAGACGUAUAAGUUAUAUUUAUAAAUCUUAGGGCUUUAAAGUUUCUUAAGGUUUCUUUCAGUAGAGUGCGUUUAUUUGGUCAACGAUGAAAAUGGGCUAGGUGAAAUGAAUUACAAAACAACAACAACAACUGGAACGUUCUUUUCCUUUUCUUUUCUUCAGAGUGUCUCGUUACCCUAUUAUCCAUCUCGGUGUAUUCGCAGUGAUUCACCAACAUUACAGGGUUCGUACAGGUCAUGGAAAACCUGGAAAGUC